AUGUGUGACUUGACUGCUGAACGGAUGAACUGUACGGGUUGCCGUAGCACUCCUCCUGACUGCUGGAAAGAUGGCGACAGCGCACACCCGGGCGAGCCCCAAUUCUGCAGGCGAAAAAAAAUCUUAACAGAAAGACACCUUUCGCCCAGCUUUUGCAAAAGGAAAACGUGCAAACAACUAUUAAACUUGCAUGGUCAUGGGUGGUCCCAUGCACCACUAGAACCGAGCAUUCCCCGACCUGCUAUGGAGCCUCCGGAUAAUAGCGAACCUAGCAGGCAGGUCAAUCCCUCAAAAGAUGGUUCGGCGCAUCAGAGCUGCGAGGUGGAAGACUUUUGGUACGAGCCCAGCGAGGAAGAGGAAGCUCUGUACGGCACAUCACCCCCCUACACCUCCCGGCAGAUGAAACGCAUGUCGGGGAAACACCAGAAGAACAGCCAGGCCAGGUCGGCUGGACGCUCCCCCGUUGGACACUCUCCUAACAAGAUAGACAAUCAGCCAACCCCCUCCAGUCCAUCCCAGCCCCAGAGAGAGAGUGAGCCUAACCCCUACAAGCCUAGAGAGGGGGCUGAGCGAGACAGAGAGAAGGACCCCCCAGAGGAUGAGCAACAUAACUACAAGUUGGGUAAGAAACAGACCGACCCUUCUGAGGGGAUCCAAAUAAACGUAAACAAAGCAACCGAGGAGCACCAACACAAUUAUAAGCAGGGUAAAAGACAACGCGCCACCCUGCGUUCCAGCGAGAGAGACCACAAGAAGACCUUUGAAGGUUCCUUCAUGCUGGACCCGCUCUCCAAGACCUCCAGCCCCUUCGGUGGAGGCUCAGCCCUGAACAUGGACCCCAGGAAACCCUACCUAUCGCUGGGGUGCGGCAGCGGCAAGCUCCCUGUCACUAUCCCCCACCCCAUGGCCCACCGCACCCACCGCCAGACCUCAAGGACAGACUGCCCUGCAGAUAGACUGAAGUUCUUUGAGACGCUGAGGUUGUUAUUGAAGCUGACUUCCAUGUCGUCCAAGAAGAAGGAGAAGGAGCAGCGAGGUCUGGAGAACUCAGCCUUCAUGGGCCAGAACAACGAGGUGGUGUGGCUGGAGCUCCAGGCGUGGCACGCGAGACGCUCCGUCAACGACCAGGAUCUGUUCCUGUUCACGGCUCGACAAGCAAUCCCAGACAUCAUCAACAAGGUGCUCCACUUUAAGGUCAAUUACCACAGCCUGAGCCCCAGCACCGUGGGCCUGGGACAACUGACCCUGGGGGUGUGUGUAGGACAACCAGGUAUGGUUGGAUCAGGGGCAUCUCCCGGCCAGGGAGCCCAGAGGACACUAGUGUUAACAGAGCCUUGCUGUGGAGGCCCAGACCAGGGUCCCAAACAGAGGUCUUCAACCCAGGCCUCAGAGACUGUUUCUGGGGAGGAGAGGGAUUUUAACCAGCCUGCUGCUGUUGGAGCCCCAGAGACGAACCAAAAUCACUUUGCUUCAGUUGACCCAUGGGGCUUCAGCGCCUGCCCUUCCUCGGUAGUAGACGCAGCGGCGCCCCUGGGCUCCGGGGCGGGGUGCAGGGAGCACCUCCAGCGCCAGCGGCUGGCCUUCGAGCAGGUUAAGCGGGUGAUGGAGCUGCUGGAGUCGGUGGAGGCUUUGUACCCGUCCCUGCAGACCCUCCAGAAGGACUAUGAGAAGUACGCAGCCAGGGACUUCCAGGGCAGGGUGCAGGCACUCUGUCUCUGGCUCAACAUCACACAGGAUCUGAACCAGAAACUUUGUGUUAUGGCGACUGUCCUCGGCCUCAGGGACCUUUCCCGUAUCGGCUGGCCCGUCUUCGAGAUCCCCUCGCCACGCUGUUCCCGUGGCAAUGACGAGGAAGACGAGGAUGAAGAAGACGAGGAGAAUGACUCCACGGCAACCUUCACUGCCGGUGACAGCGACGGAGAGGACAGGGACCUAGUGGGGGAGGAGGGGGAAACUGAUGAACCCAGAGGGGGUGAAACGACAACUGAGCCGGGAGAAGAUGAACUCUCCCCCUGUUUGACUCCUAAAUUUGCCCAGUUACUACUAUCUGAGGAUGGGACAGGGACUACGGAGGUGGUAUCGGGGGGCACAGGGACAGGAGGGAUGAACUGCCCUACAGCCAUCUUCAGACCCUUUGUAGAUAAGGCCUUGAAACAGAUGGGGCUGAGGAAACUGAUCCUGAGACUACACAAGCUGAUGGACCCCUCCCUCCAGAGGUCCCGGGCAGCCCUGCUCAGCCACACGCCUGCACAGGAGUUCACGGACUUCCCAGACCCCAUGCUGUACAGUGACUACCUACCGGAGCUGUCCCGCCACCUGUCCUCCUGCAGCACUCCCGGGGGCCCGGAGCUUGGGGCGGACCAAGUUUCCUGGGAGGAGCUGUUGGACAUGGACCUGCCCUCAUUCCGACCUGCCUUCCUGGUCCUGUGCCGCGUCCUGCUGAACGUGAUACACGAGUGCCUUAAGCUGAGACUGGAACAGAGGCCUGCAGGGGAGCCAUCACUGCUCAGCAUCAAACAGUUGGUGCGUGAAUGUAAGGAGGUGUUGAAAGGUGGUCUCCUGAUGAAGCAGUAUUACCAGUACAUGCUGAGGGGGGUGGUAACAGACCCCCAGGGACUCCAGACCAAUGCCAACAUAGACGAAUUCGAGGAGGACCUCCACAAAAUGCUGGUGGUGUACUUUGACUACAUGCACAGCUGGAUCCAGAUGCUGCAGCAGCUUCCCCAGGCCUCACACAGCCUGAAGAACCUUCUAGAGGAGGAGUGGAACUUCUCGAAGGUCAUCACUCCCUACAUCAGACGAGGGGAGGCUCAGUCUGGGAAACUCUUCUGUGACAUUGCUGGGAUGCUGCUCAAGUCCACAGGGGACUUCCUGGACACGGGCCUGCAGAAGAGUGGUGAUGAAUUCUGGGAAAGUGCCGACGACAGUACAGUCUCAGAUGAGAUCCGCCGGUCGGUAAUUGAGACGAGCCGGUCACUUAAGGAGCUGUUCCACGAGGCUAGAGAGAGGGCAUCCAAAGCUCUGGGAUUUGCCAAAAUGCUCCGUAAGGACCUGGAGAUUGCUGCUGAUUUCAGCAUUACCAGUGGGGUGCCAUGCCUCCUGGAGGCCCUCAAGGAGAGAAAUUAUGUCAAGGUCCAGAUCCCAGGGCUGGAGGAGCUGGAGGUGUUUGUCCCAUGUGCCCUGAUGCACCAGCGUGACCUCAUCCUGCAGCUUCUAAACGCAGCAGCCGGUAAGGAUUGCAGUAAGGAGCCCGACGAGAUGAUGGCAGAGGACGAGGCCUACCUGCUGAUGAGCAAGCAUGGAGCAGGGGACCCGCCUGGGGGGGCAGGCCAGGCCGGGGUUCAGUGGCACUGGGAUGGGAAGCUGGUCAAACUGGUGCCUCAGAUGGAGACUGUGGACACGCUACGGGCCAUGAAGGUGGAGAACCUGCUCCUGAUAGUGAUGCAGUCAGCCCACCUUGUGGCCCAGCGUAAGACCUUCCAGCAAAGUAUGGACGAGCUGCUCACCCUAAGCAGGGAGCAAACCUCCAGCCAGCCCCUCAUCGCCCGCUCCCUGGAGCAACUCAAGAACGAAGCCUUACAGCUCUGUAGAAAGAUCAACACGGCCAUUGACCGGGUGGAGUUCAUGUUCACGUCAGAGUUUGAGGCCGAGGUGGAGGAAUCUGAAUCAGCCACGCUGCAGCAGUACUACAGAGAGGCCAUGAUCCAGGGAUACAACUUCGCCUUCGAGUACCACAAGGAGGUGGUGCGUCUGAUGUCGGGGGAGUUCCGUCAGCGGAUUGGGGAAUGCUAUAUCGCCUUCGCCAGGAAGUGGAUGAAUUACGUCCUCACCAAGUGUGAAAGUGGCCGGGGAACCAGACCCCGCUGGGCCACUCAAGGCUUUGAUUUCCUCCAAGCCAUUGAACCUGCCUUCAUCUCUGCUUUACCAGAGGACGACUUCCUGAAUUUGCAAGCUCUGAUGAAUGAGUGCAUUGGUCAUGUGAUCGGGAAGCCUCACAGCCCAGUCAGUGGCUUGUACCUAGCCCCCAGGAACAGUCCUCGACCAGUGAAGGUCCCUCGUUGCCAUAGCGACCCCCCCAACCCCCACCUGUUCAUCCCCAAUGCAGAGGGCUUCAGCUCUAGGAGUCUCCCCUGCGACCUACGGACCCAGCUGUGUCUACCUACCGGCCCCCGCCCAGUCCCCGCCCCUCAGGCCCCAGGCCCUGCCCCCGGGGAACACUGCCCAUCCAAAGCACCUGGGUCCACCCCCAAUGACGUCAGAGGGGCCAACCUCCACGAGAACGACAGGCUGUCGUCUGUAGCGGCCGAGCUGCAGUUCAAGUCUCUGAGCCGACACUCCAGUCCCACUGAUGACAGGGAAGAACCCUCCUAUCCUAAGGGAGGAGACCCCAGCAGCACGGCCAGGAGAAGCUGGGAGCUCCGCACCUUCAUCAGUCAAUCAAAAGACACGGCAGCCAGGCAGAGCCCCAUGGAAGCUGUACGUCGCUCCAUACGCUCCUUCGAGGACAACCGCUACGCGGUCAUGAAGCAGAGGAACAUCAUUGGCCAGGUGUGCCACACCCCCAAGUCUUACGACAACGUCAUAAACGUCGGCCUCCGCAAGGUCACCUUCAAGUGGCAGAGGGGCAACAAGAUAGGCGAGGGCCAGUAUGGCAAGGUGUACACCUGCAUCAAUGUGGAUACUGGAGAACUGAUGGCUAUGAAGGAGAUCCGGUUCCAGCCGAAUGACCAUAAGACAAUAAAGGAGACAGCAGAUGAGUUGAAGAUCUUUGAGGGCAUCAAACACCCCAACCUGGUCCGCUACUUUGGUGUUGAGCUGCAUCGGGAGGAGAUGUACAUCUUCAUGGAGUACUGUGAUGAAGGGACCCUGGAGGAGGUGUCCAGGCUUGGCCUACAGGAACACGUCAUCAGGCUGUACAGCAAACAGACCACCACGGCCAUCAACGUGCUCCACGAACACGGCAUUGUGCACCGAGACAUCAAGGGAGCCAACAUCUUCCUGACGUCGUCCGGCCUGAUCAAGCUGGGGGACUUUGGCUGCUCUGUGAAGCUGAACAACGCACAGACCAUGCCCGGAGAGGUUAACAGCACCAUGGGCACGGCAGCAUAUAUGGCACCUGAGGUCAUUACCAGGGCAAAGGGCGAAGGCCAUGGACGAGCAGCUGACAUCUGGAGUCUGGGAUGUGUCCUCAUAGAGAUGGUGACUGGGAAAAGGCCGUGGCACGAGUACGAGCACAACUUUCAGAUCAUGUACAAGGUGGGUAUGGGCCACAAGCCCCCCAUCCCAGAGAAGCUGUCCACAGAGGGGAAGGAUUUCCUGGGUCACUGUCUGGAGAGCGAGCCCAAACAACGCUGGACUGCCAGUACACUGCUAGACCACCCAUUCGUCAAGGUUUGCACAGAUGAAGAGUGAGGGGGAACGGACCCUGUGGCUGUCACGUUUACAAACUAUAGCACUACUGUACAUGAUGUUGGCCAGAGACUCGACACAGCCAGAUAGAGGGGCUUUGGACACAAGGAGAGGGGCUUGUGAACAUAGGAAACAGGAAAUGAUAACUGCAGGCACAUGGAGCUAAACUGAGGAACUCUUAGGACAUUUCAGAUGGAUCACCUGGGUCGUGUUCAAUUAGAACGGCUUGUUUUAGUUUUGUCUUUGAAUUGUUUUGGCUACGUUGUGUCCUAAUGAACAUGACCCUGUAGUCGGGUGACAGGUCAUGCAUUUUCUGGAAGGGGAUAGCGGGGAAUGUAUUGCAUUGUACAUACUAUAAUAAUAGGAUUGGAUCCUUCCUUGUAUAAACAAUAUUGUAAAGCUUGAGUAAUAAAUAUAGCCACAUCUUGUUCUCUCACUGGUGAAGAUAAGAUGGGGGGGGGGGGGAAAUACAGCUGUCACUUUUUUUUUUUUUUUUUUACUGUUCCCCUUUCAGUGACUACGCGGGGACAAGUAAGGGGAGGAAUUCAGAUAUCUGGGUCUCGUUCAGUAGACAUGUUGUGGAACAUUGCAGCUAGAAAUGUCAAGGCAUGUAUGUUAUGCCCUUCUGAAUUUGCCCCAGGUUUGGUCGAGGCAGAUAUUGUCUUGCCUUUCCUUGUUUCAUGAGGUGAGCUUCAUUGCACAGAAGCAGGGGAUGCUGCAACUGUAAGAAACUAUUUCCAUGCAAAUUAACACUCAAAGGCUGUAGAGAGCCCAGGAAGGAAAGAUUUUAUUUUAAAAUAUAUUUUUUGUAAGGAGAGGAUUCCAAUGGUAAUGUGGGGCUUAAGCCUAUAGUGCAUCCCAAAUGGCACCCUAUGCACUUAUGGUCCUGGUAAAUAGUAGUGCACUAUAUAGGGAAUAGUGUGCCAUUUGGGUGCAGGGAUGUGGGCAUGAUCCUAUAGGCUUCAGGCAUGGAUUGAUGGUCAGUUGGACAGCUGGCGCAUAUCCAACCAAUGAGAGAAGACAAAAGUUGCGCGCUCACUCCCUGCUGCUGAGAACACACAUUCUGGUCCUCUGCUCUUUGUGUUUGCUAUGUACAAACGAUAUUAAUAAAUCUUUUUUUAAUAAAUUGUGUCAUGACCUAAGGUUAGAUUAAUCAAACAUGGCAUUGUAAUGAUAACAGGAGCUUUAUAAUAGAAUGGAUUGCACAUACACACUGCAUCAAUCUAAAGUGGUCUCUGGUGCGUUUUACAGCUUUCGUUCUUUGGUCCUUAUUUUAUUGCAAAUAAACAUUGUCAAUUGAGUCCAUAUCAAAUCACAACUAAUAAAAGUGCAUUUAACAAAGUCACAACAGUGCCAAUUUUAGUCAUACAUCUUGAACAACAAAGAUGCUGGAUGCAUGCCCUGAACGUAUCUGUGCUUUGUAUAGGUUCAGUACAUUCCCAUGUAUCGACAAGAUGAAGACGGCCACAUGAGACUUCAGCACCAAUUGACUUCAAUGCUUUCCCUGACGAGUUACCAAGUAUUUCUUGGGAUGAAUUCUCAACUGUUUGAAGUGAACUGUGCUGUAGUUCUCAGAUUAGUAAUGUGAGUGACUCUCUGGUGCUGGAAAGAAAUCUUGCAAUUGUAAAUUGAAGUUUUAAAAAGGUCAUCCCCUCAUUUGUUGUUCAGUGGGACCCCAUAGCUGGAGCUUCUCUUAAUCUCCGUCUGUCCAAUCAUCCAGCGCACACCAAAUGACACUGAGAAUAGAGAAGAAAGUGACUUGAACAUACUGUAUGCUGAGGGCCAUAUGACAUCUUUGUGGUUACAGCAUCCAGUGUAGAUGUUUGUCAAUGGAAUUAUUUGUGAGAUGAGGGCUAGUACCAAUGCAUUUACAGACAUGCAAUAUUAUAAUUUACUUUCCAAGAGUAAGGAACAAGCUCUUGAUCAGUAUCAGACUUGGUUGCUGCCUUUCAAAUAUUUGGACAAAGAUUAGAUGGUUAAUAGCUAAGUUUAGGGAGAAGGUACAAAUAAGUACACCUUGGGAUCAAUUCAAUCUGUAACACGGAACAUCUAUUGUAGUGCAAUUUGAAGGCAACGUGACUGCAUUCAAGGUAAACACUACAUAUGAUGGUCCAACUGUAAAUUACCUUUUAAAAUGUCAAUCACACUACAACGCAGAUCUUUCGUGGCACGGAUUGAAUAGAGACCCUUAUCGCCAAAGUUAUCCUGGUUGGUGACUUUUGCAGCACAUUUGUCUCGGGGGGCCACUAGUUGAUCAAAUAUUCCAAUAACACCCACCUGCAGCGCAGAAAGCCACUGUGGCCAUGAUGGUGAGAAUAGACCCAGAGUUGACCAGCUGGACCAGGAGGAGGCAGAGGGGGUAUAGGAGAAGGCAGGUCCAGCCCAGCCAGUUGAUCAGGGCCCAGGGCCUGCAUGGUGGGGUAACUUUGGGGCCUGGGAAACACCCUGUCUGGCUGUAGUCCUCCUGGAACUUGUCCUGGAACAACAAUACAUGACCACAUCGAUUAUCUUACAAACAGGAGCAUAGACAACUGGCUUCACAGCCAUGACCAUAAAAAAAGUGGGACGGGAGGGGUGUGUUUUAUGAACUGUAGGUCUCUGAUCUUGUAUAUAUCGUGUAUUUUUUAGUGGAUCUCUAACAGUGCAAUUAAGUAUUAUGAAGUACUAUCUAAUCUCAUCUAACCAGGGCAAUUUUACAUCAGUUACUGUACAAACGGGUCAGAUUGUGCAAGUGUUUGGUGCAAUGUUUGUGAAUUAAACAUUGGGGACAGAACAACAAUGUAUGGGUGAAGAGUAGGUACUGACAUUAAGAUAUUGUGAGAGAGUUUCAGCUUUGUCCUUGGUGCUUGCUGUCCUCCAAAGAGCAGGCUGCUCAAAAAUAAAGCAACCCUUUCAUUCCA